AUGUCGUCCACAUCCCGCCUUCGCAGUCUCAACAUUGACAAUAUCAAUCCUCAUGUCAAGGAAGCCAAAUAUGCCGUCCGAGGCGAGCUUGCAAUCAAGUCAGAGGAAUAUCGUGCCCAACUAAAACACAAGAAUCCUCCCACACCGCCAGACUCACCGCUUCCAUUCGACACCGUCAUUUCGGCCAAUAUUGGCAAUCCUCAACAGCUGGACCAGAAGCCCAUCACUUUCUUCCGACAAGUUCUCGCCUUGUUGGAGAACCCGGCCCUGCUCGAGAACGAGGAGGCACUCAAGUCGAGUUUCAACUACAAGCAAGAUGCUAUAGAUCGUGCUCGAUGGCUACUCAAAGAGAUCGGAUCAGUUGGUGCAUAUUCACAGUCCGCCGGUGCUCCGGGCAUACGGCAGUCGGUAGCCAAUUUCAUUGAGAGACGUGAUGGAUUCCCGGCCGACAAGGACCAGAUCUAUCUAUCUGCCGGUGCUUCUUCCGGGGUCAAUACCCUUUUACACGUUAUCUGUGCCAGUCCUGAUACGGGAAUACUGGUUCCCAUUCCACAGUAUCCUCUCUACACUGCCACGCUGUCCAUCCUCAACGCAAAAUGUGUUCCUUACUACCUUGAUGAGUCACAUGCUUGGGGCACAGACUUGAAGGUUAUUCAAGAGGCGUAUGACAAAGCCACCAGUGAAGGGACGGAUGUUCGUGCGGUCGUCAUCAUCAACCCAGGGAACCCCACUGGUGCAUCUCUUCCCGAAGAAGAUGUAGAGGCCGUGCUCAAGUUCGCUGCUGAGAAGAAGUUGGUUGUCAUGGCUGAUGAAGUCUACCAGACCAAUGUCUUCGUGGGCAAAUUCCACUCCUUUAAACAAGUGCUCCGGAAGAUGCAGAAAGCCGAGCCAGGAACAUAUGACAAUGUUGAACUUGCUUCUUUGAACUCUGUGUCCAAGGGUAUGGUGGGUGAGUGUGGUCACCGCGCCGGUUAUUUCGAGCUGGUCGGGUUCGACAAGGAAGUGGCAGCGCAAAUAUACAAGUUCAUUAGCAUCAUGCUGUGCCCUCCUGUCAUCGGUCAGUGUCUUCUGGAGGUCAUGGUCAAUCCUCCCAAAGAAGGAGAACCCAGUUUCGAACUCUACAACAAGGAGUACAAUGGCGUGAAGGAUGGCUUGAAGAAAAGGGCCCAAGCUCUGUACGAGGCAUUCAAGGAGAUGGAAGGCGUUGAAAUCGGCGAACCUCAGGGCUCGAUGUACCUGUUCCCCACGAUCCACGUUCCAGAAAAAGCUGUCGAAGCGGCUCAAAAAGCAGACCGUACCCCUGAUGAGUUCUACUGCUUGCGCCUACUUGAUGCUACUGGUAUUUGUGUCGUACCAGGGUCCGGCUUUGGCCAGAAGCCCAACACCCUGCAUCUCCGGACCACGUUCCUGGCUCCGGGCACCGACUGGGUUGGCCGGUGGACAACCUUCCACAAGGAUUUCUUCGAGCAAUAUAGCUAG